ACUUCCGGUCUGCCAUGCUGGAGGCUAGGAUACAGUGCUGAGAAAGGGGCUCCUGGUAUUGCGUGGUACACUGCUACCCACUGGCGGGAGCUGAAAAGAGAGUGGGGAGAGCUCGGAAUCUGCGCCAUGGUGAGAGGGGCCGCCAUCCCCAUACGGGGAGGAGUCGCGGGAGCCCGCAUGGCGUUCGUUCCGGGGUUCGCGAACCGGCAGCGAGUCGGUGCCCCCGUGAGGUCCCGUGAGUUCCGUGGGGUCCCUGCACCUCCCAGGCAAGAGCAGAUCCCUGAAUGACUUCGAUCAGCUGCCUGCGCCUGCGCAAAGAAUGGGGAACGGCGCCUUUGUGUGAAAACAUCCUUGUUGACGUCACCGUGCAGCCAGUGCCUCUGCUGCUUUUAUUAUUGCAAGGGAAGGAUCUAGUAACCUAUGAGGAUGUGCAUGUGAACUUUACUCAAGAGGAAUGGGCUUUGCUGGAUCCUUCCCAGAAGAGUCUCUACAAAGAUGUGAUGCUGGAAACCUACAGGAACCUCACGGCUAUAGGCUAUAAAUGGGAAGACUUCAAUAUUGAAGAACAUUGUAAAUGUCCUAAAAGACAUGAAAGGUAUAUCAUCUGUCACUCUGGAUUCAAGCCAUGUGAGGAUAAGCAAUAUAAAAAGAAGCAAUGUACCCUUGUCUCUCCCAGAACAAUUAGACAAUGUGUAGUAGUUCCCACUAUGAGAAGACAUGAUGACUGUGAUACAGAUUUACAGUUAACUGGUUUUCUAACUUCCAUGGCAGCCCAUCACCAAACUAACACUGGAGAGAAACCUUAUGAGUACAAGGAAUACAGAAAUUCAUCUGUCUAUACUGGUUCACUUUGCACCUGUCAUGUGGCUCACAAAAUAGGGAAAUAUUAUGCAUAUAACCAGUGUGAUAAAACCCUGAGUUCUUCCAGUUCUCUUCUAGGAUGUGAAAAAAUUCUGGUGGGAAAAGGAAGUGAUAAAUCUGAGCCAUGUACUAAAGGCUUUAACCAUCAUAGGUAUCUUCAAACACAUAAAAGAACCAAUAGUGAAGAUCUCUAUGAAUAUAAUCAACAUGAUAAAGACUUUAGAUCUAAUUCAUCUGUAAAAUUACAUGAAAGAACUCAUUUGGAAAUUGAACUUUAUGAAGAUAAUCAAAGUGAAAAAGCCUUUGCAACUCAUAGUCUUCAUCAAGUACCUAGAUCUCAUACUAGAGAGGAAAGGUAUGGAUAUGAUCAAUGUGGUAAUACCUUUGCCUGUCUUAGUUAUCUUCAAAUACAUGAAAGAAUUAGUUUGGAGAAACCCUUUGAAUGUAAUCAAUGUAGUAAAGCUUUUGCAUAUAAAAGACAUCUUCACAGGCAUGAAAAGAUUCAUACUGGAGAGAAACCCUAUGGAUGCAAUCAGUGUGGUAAAGCCUUUGUAUAUAACAGUUAUCUCCAAAGGCAUAAAAGAAGUCAUACUGGAGAGAAACCCUAUGAAUGUCAUCAAUGUGGUAAAGCCUUUUCACGGAACAGUCAUCUUUACCGGCAUGAAAGAAGUCAUACUGGAGAGAAACCAUAUGGAUGUAAUAAAUGUGGUAAAGCCUUUGGGCGCAACAGUACUCUUCAAAGGCAUGAAAGAAGUCAUAAUGGAGAGAAACCAUAUGGAUGUAAUAAAUGUGGUAAAGCCUUUGGGCGCAACAGUACUCUUCAAAGGCAUGAAAGAAGUCAUAAUGGAGAGAAACCUUAUGAACGUAAACAAUGUGAUAAAGCCUUUGCACAGAAUAGUCAUCUUUUCCAUCAUGAAGUAAACUGUACUCAAGAAAAAUCCUAUGGAUGUAGUCAAUGUGGUAAAGCCUUUGCAUAUAACAGUCUUCUUCAAAGGCAUGAAAGGAGUCAUACUGGAGAGAAACCUUACGAAUGUAAUAAAUGUGGUAAAGCCUUUUCACAAAACAGUCAUCUUCAUAAGCAUGAAAGAAGUCAUACUGGGGAGAAACCUUAUGGGCGUAAACAAUGUGAUAAAGCCUUUGCACAGAAUAGUCAUCUUUUCCAUCAUGAAAUAAACUGUACUCAAGAAAAAUCCUAUGGAUGUAGUCAAUGUGGUAAAGCCUUUGCAUAUAACAGUCAUCUUCAAAGGCAUGAAAGAAGUCAUACUGGAGAGAAACCUUACGAAUGUAAUAAAUGUGGUAAAGCCUUUUCACAAAACAGUCAUCUUCAUAAGCAUGAAAGAAGUCAUACUGGGGAGAAACCUUAUGGACGUAAACAAUGUGAUAAAGCCUUUGCACAGAAUAGUCAUCUUUUCCAUCAUGAAAUAAACUGUACUCAAGAAAAAUCCUAUGGAUGUAGUCAAUGUGGUAAAGCCUUUGCAUAUAACAGUCAACUUCAAAGGCAUGAAAGAAGUCAUACUGGAGAGAAGCCUUACGAAUGUAAUAAAUGUGGUAAAGCCUUUGGGCAUUAUAGUAAUCUUCAAAGGCAUGAAAGAAAUCACACUGGAGAGAAACCUUAUGAAUGUAAGAAAUGUGGUAAAGCCUUUUCACAAAACAGUCAUCUUCAUAAGCACGAAAGAAGUCAUACUGAGGAGAAACCUUAUGGACGUAAACAAUGUGAUAAAGACUUUGCACAGAAGAAUCUUCUUCACAGUCACGAAAGAAAUCUUUCUGGGCAAAAGCCCUGUGAAUAUAAUCAAAGUGGUAAAGCCUUUGCACAGAAUAGUCAUCUUUUCCAUCAUGAAAUAGACCAUACUCAAGAAAAAUCCUAUGGAUGUAGUCAAUGUGGUAAAGCCUUUGCAUAUAACAGUCAACUUCAAAGGCAUGAAAGAAGUCAUACUGGAGAGAAACCAUAUGGAUGUAAUAAAUGUGGUAAAGCCUUUGCACAGAAGAAUAAUCUUCACAGUCAUGAAAGAAGUCACACUGGAGAGAAACCUUAUGAAUGUAAGAAAUGUGGUAAAGCCUUUUCACAAAACAGUCAUCUUCAUAAGCACGAAAGAAGUCAUACCGGGGAGAAACCUUAUGGGCGUAAACAAUGUGAUAAAGCCUUUGCACAGAAUAGUCAUCUUUUCCAUCAUGAAAUAAACUGUACUCAAGAAAAAUCCUAUGGAUGUAGUCAAUGUGGUAAAGCCUUUGGGCGUUACAGUAAUCUUCAAAGGCAUGAAAGAAGUCAUACUGGAGAGAAACCUUAUGAAUGUAAUAAAUGUGGUAAAGCCUUUUCACAAAACAGUCAUCUUCAUAAGCAUGAAAGAAGUCAUACUGGGGAGAAACCCUAUGAAUGUAAUCAAUGUUUGAAAGCCUUUGCGUGCAAAAGUAACCUUUACAGGCAUGAAAGAAGACAUACUUGAGAGAAACACUAUGGAUGUAAACAGUGUGGUGAGGUCUUUUUACAGAAUAGUCAUCUUCAUAGGCAUGAAAAAGUCAUACUGAGCCAAAAGCUUAUGCAUUUAAUCAAUGUGAUAAAGCCUUUGCAUGUUAUAGCAAUUUUCAGAAGCAUGACAGCAUUCAUGCUUGUAAAAAAGUCAUAAAACUAAUGAGUGAGGUAAAGCCUUGCAUUCCACAUACAUUUUUCCCAUUGAGCUAUCUCUGGGGCCUGAGUAAGGUUUGUAGAAACAGUUCAUCAUUAAAGUAAUGUCUCAUUUACAAAUUGUAAACAUAUUGUCAUCCAAGGAUUUAAGAACAAACAAUUUGAAUAAUAAAAUUAGUUACAAGUGAAACUGA